AUGAGUGGAUGCGGUCGGCAACAAAUGAACGUGUCUGAAACCAAAAGCCUAGUGGUUUAUCGUUCUCCUGCCCGUUGUGCCCUGCAGAUUAGUGAAGAGGGUCGGAAAGAGGUAAGGAAGUGCAUGUACCUCAGGAUUAUCUUUGUUGAUGAUGGGAAAUUUGAGGAACAGAUCCACUGGCGAAUUGGAAUGGCCAACGGUGUUAUGUGUAUGUACGAGUCCGAACCGUUGUGA